AUGGCCUCCAAAGGAUCAGAUGUACCUUUCUCGUCGCCAAAGCGUCCGCAAACACCCUUGGGGCCCUCAUCCGGGCCCCAAAUAAUUGAAGCGACAUAUAUAAUGACUCGAGAGAUGGCGAUGGCGCAAGCUGGCGACAUCAAGGAAAAAUUGGGACAUAGGGGUUUCGACCAGGCCGCCCUCCUCCCACAAAUGAACGAAUGGCUAUCGUUGCCUGUGGUCAAAGUGCUCAGCGAGGACAUGAAGAACAGAGUAUCGAUCUGGUGUCAGCAGCACAACCGGGGAUGGAUCGAUGCAAUCCGGGACGCCGAAGAUGACUUGAAGGAGUACCGGUAUACCUCUCGCAUCCAAGAGUCCACUGCUAUGGUGCCCGAGAGCAUUCAAAGCCGCCUUGAAGAAAGCCUGGACAGAUUCAGGCAAGAGAUUCUGCAGGAACAGCGAGAAACCACAGCCAAAAUGAUGGCCAAGAUGGAUAGCCUGCAGCUUUCAGAGCAAACUUCUCCGCCUGCCAAACGCCGCCGAAUGAGCACCAGAAACAUCCCAAAGAACGCGAGCCUGCAGAAAAUUGACGAGGGUUUGCGCUAUCUUCUUGGUGAAGAUAGCGAACUUGUACAAUGUUUCCGCGAGCAUGCGGUGAAUGCUGACCCCAAGUUUACCACUCUGGUAGAGCCCAGUGCGAAGAGAUUUUGGACAAAAGGGCAACUGGAGAAUUUCCAAAAGGAGACACGGGAGUUGGGACUUGGUGCUGUGGAAUACAAGCUUCUCGACCGAAUUUUCCAGGAAAUGGAAGAGGGUGAUCUGAGCAUGGCGAACAUUGCCGCAUUGUCUCUCCAACUGACAUCUCGGGAGCAAUAUGGAACCCUCAAAGCAAAGUUCCGAUUUUUCUGUGUCUCCGACAGAGAACAGGAAGAGUGUUAG